AUGCUAUGUAAAUGUCUUCGAGCAGCAGACGCUAGUGAACCUACUGCGAUGAAAUAUAAGAGAUCAGGAAUUAUCGACGAAUCGCAAGAACAACCAUUUAAAAUUAAAAAACCUAUUGAGCUUUCCCUUCAAGAUGAUGAGGAAGGUAAAAUAAUUAAGUUUAUCAAUCAAACUAUACAAGAAGAAGAUCAUUUCGUUGAAAUCAUUGAUAGUGAUCCUCAAGCAUUUGAUUCAAUUUUCAUUCAACAACGUCAAAAUGCCAUCAAUAAUCAGUUUUAUCGUUCAAUCAUUGAAUCGUGGCAAUUCAAAUCUCUUCGGCAUUUAGUUAAUGCAAUCAAAACUUUGACGAAGAAUAAAUCUUUAAUCGAUUGUCAUUGGAUUAUUUUCUAUUCUAUUGCAAUUAAUAUUGAAUACGACACUAUUGCAUACUUUUCCAAUAAUCAUAUAAAUCAAUCAGUUGAAGAUGUUUUUCUUACAGGAAAAGGUAUCUGUAAUGGAUAUGUUCAUCUUUAUAAAUAUCUCUGUGAUCGUUUAAAACUUCCUUGUAAAAUCAUUAACGGAUAUUCAAAAGGUUAUGGCUUUGAUAUACGUAGUAAUGCAUCAAAUCAAACGGAUCAUGCUUGGAAUGCAGUUCAAAUUAAUCAACAUUGGUAUCUGAUAGAUUCAACUUGGGGUGCAGGAUUUAUAAAUGAUCGAAAAGAUUUUAAACGAGAGUUAAAUCCAUUCUAUUUUUUUCCUCGACCACAACAAAUGAUCUAUCAUCAUUUACCGGAAAAUUAUCGAUGGCAACUAUUACAAGAGCCAAUUUCAAUGAAGCAGUUUUUAAAAAUGCCAAACUUGCAUCCAGAAUAUUUUAAUUUGAAUUUACAAUUAAUCUAUCCAUGUAAUCAAUCGUAUGUACAACUUCUUCCUGACAAACCGUAUGCAUUGGUAAUUGUAGAUGCACCUGAAAAUGUUAGUCUCACUGCUGAUUUAAAACUGCAUAAUGAGAAAGUAGAAGGUGGCCAUCAAGUCAUCUUUGAUCAGAAGAGAAAAUUAUAUUGCUGUUAUUUUGCUCCGAAUGCCGCUGGUAAACAUAAGGUUACUAUUUACGCAAAAUGUGAUGAUCAGAAAACAGAUCUGUUUAUUUCUACCAUUGAUUUAAAUUUGGAUGUUGAAGAACUACCAAAAAAUCCAAUUAGUUAUUCACGAACGUGGAAACUAUUUUUUGAUUUACACUUAAAAAUCAUAUCUCCAGUUAAUGUUUCUUGUAUUCGUUUGGAAAAAGGAGAAGCAUUCACACAAAUUCUCAUAGAAUCACCCGACGAUGUUGAACUACUUGGCAGACUAGUAGAUGGUACAAAAAAUGAAAUUGAAGGAGGACAUCAAGUCUAUUAUGAUGCUGACAAACGUUAUUGGAUUUGUUAUUUUGCACCCAAUGAUGAUGGACUAUUUGAAGCAAUCAUUAUGGCAAAACAAAAGUCUGAUCAAGGUUUGUAUACUUCUGCUGUAGCAUUCAAAAUUGAUGCAAAAGAUAUUCCAAAACCAGCAGUGUCUUAUCCGGAAACAUGGAAAUUAUUUCAUGAUCUUCAUUUACAAGUGGUGUCUCCUAUCAACACACAUACGAUUCAAUUGGAUAAUGGAGAUACAUUCGCACAAAUUCUUAUACAAACGCCAGAUGAUGUAGAACUACUCGGAAUAUUGAGAGAUAAUGAGAAAAAUGAAGUUGAUGGAGGACAUCAAGUUUAUUAUGAUCAUAAAGAACAUUAUUGGCAAUGUGUAUUUGCACCAAAUGACGAUGGAAUAUUUAAAGCUGAUAUUAUGGCUAAACGAAAAUCAGAUCAAGGUCUCUAUACUUCUGCUGUGGCAUUCAAGAUUAUAGCGAAAAAUAUUCCAAAACCACCACUUUCCUAUCCAAAAACCUGGCAACUGUUUCAUGAUUUAGAUUUGAAAAUCGAUGAACCAUACAAUCGCUCAACAGUUAUUUGGUCUGAUCAGGCAUUAUAUGCUGAAAUUCGAAUUACAACACCUGAAGAUAUUGAACUCUUAUGUAAGAUUGCAUAUAACAAUAUUGAGGAAGAACAUCAAACUUUAACACAAUUUGAUCAUGAGAAAAAGCAAUGGCAACUUUUAUUUGCACCUCAACAAACUGGUCAGCAUCAAUUGACUAUUUUUGCUCGACAUCGAUCAAAUCUAGACAAAAAGUUUAAUAUUGUUGCUCAAUUCAAUUUGAAUGUAACAAGUCUUGAAAAUCCAAUAAAGUUUCCAUUAACUUAUGAUAAAUUUAUAGCGAAUCGUUGUCGAAUUUAUGAAUCGUUGAAUGGAAUACUGAAGAACAAUACUACUAUACCUUUCCAUUUCGUAAUUCCAGGAGCAAAGGAAGUGAAAGUUCAAGUAGAUGGAAAAUGGAUUGGUACACAAAAUUAUAUUGAUUCAAUCUUUCAAACACAAGUUCAAAUCGGCGCAAACGAUGUCACUAUCUAUGGAAAAUAUGAUCAUGGCAACAAUUAUGAUGCUCUCAUCAAAUACUCUGUUCAAUAA